AAAUUUAUAUAAUGAAAGACAGUUUGUCCGCACGCGCCUUCGUCGCUUUCAAUCGCAGGCUUUUAUUUCUCUUUCUCUCUGUCACUACCGGAGAGAGAGUGAGAUGUCUCACCCCUCACUGCCUCUCUCUUCUCUCUCUCUCUCUCUCUCUAACAAUUUCUUCUUCUCUCUCUUAAACUUGUUUCAGUGCUCGAAACCCUAGACACAGAGAUACUGGGAUAGUUGUAAUCACUCUCACACUCGGAGACGAGGCGAGUUUCGUUUUCUCUUUUCUCUCUCGUUCGUUGCCACCACUGCCAUUGAAUAGUCUCGUCUAAGGUCAACUUCUUUAUUUCAUGGAGUGGGAUUUAUGGAAUUGGUCACAUGAUCAAGUAACAGUUGAGCACAAUGCCAGCAGGCAAUCUGAAUGGCAGUGUGACUUCUAUUUUGGUUAUGGGACUGAUGUAAUUGAAGAACGUGCUUUGGAUGAGAAAUCUUGCAUUCAAGUGUUACGGAUACUGAUAAGAAAGGCAGAUGCUGAGCUUGAUGAACUUGAGAAUGAUUUGGUGUCUCUUCAAACUGAAUUAGCUUUUGCGGAACACGAAGAAUGGCCUGAAAGAUGUUGCAAUGCUUUGAACGAUAAGAUAGGUUGUCUUGAUAUAGCAAUAAAGAGUUUGAAGAGCAAGUCUGAGAAUGAUAUUGAGGUUCAAUUGUCACUGCAUAGAGAACCUGCAGAGAAGAUACAAGAUCUUAUGAGAAAGUACUUGCCAGAGAAUGAUAAACAGCCUCAGCAAGUCAUUGUCUCGGACGUAAAAUUGGAUGGAUCAACAUCAGAGAUCCUUGUAAAGGAGGAAUUUGGAGAAAUUGCUACUCCAGCAGAAAAAUGCAAAGAGACAAAUCCUUCUACAAACUUUCAAGAGAGCAAAACAAAUUCUCCUAAUAAACUAGAGCUUGCAAAUGGCGAUUCCACAUUUCAUGGCCCAGAGUGUUUGAGACUUGCAGCUGGCUCCUGUGUUGAGGAAAAACAAUUGGUCAUAAGUGAUUCAGAUGGAACCACCAGGUGUUCGGAGGCCACUGAACAAGAGCUUAACUGCGAGAAUAAGAAUAUUACACUAAAGCAUGAAGAGAAGACGAGCUGUAACAUAGAAAUACCUAAGGUUGAUGAAAAUAUGGAAGCAAUGGAGCAACUUGCUACUGCUACAAAAGAUUUAUCGUGUGAAGGAAAUCAAGCCUAUAAACAGACUAAUCUUUCAAAUGCUAUCGUAGAGUAUACAAGCCUAGAUGCUAUAAUAAGAUCAGCUGCUGUCAGCAUGAGAUGUAUUCCUGCUGAAUUCGUACCAACCCCUCCAAGAACAUCAAAAAGUGACGACUGUGAUACGGGGGAAAAGGUUGCCGAGCUUUCCACAAAAUUUGCUCGAAAUGAAAGGAUAACUAUUCCUGCUGAAUUCGUAUUAAGCCCUCCAAGAACAUUAAAAAGUGACGACUGUGAUAUGGAGGAAAAGGUUGCUGAGCUUUCCCCGAAACUUGCUCGAAAUGAAAGGAUAAAUAUUCCACCCAGCAAGUAUGUUUCUUCGGAUUUGCUGUCAAGGAUUGUAGUGAACGGAAGAGACAGUCUACUACCUGUGACUAACACUGAAAAGUUGGCUGUGGCUUUAAAUAGCUCUACAGUGAAAAAUCCAAUCAUGACCAAGCUGAACAAUGUAGGAGAAACAGAAAUCGAAAAAUCUCAGAAGGCUAUUGUUGUAUUUGACAACUCUGUUUCAGACUUGAGUGGAAAACACCAAAGUCAAUCGGCAAUGAGGAAACUUCAAUCAAAUUCGCAAAUCAUCAGAGAAACUAUGUCUGCAUUCCCUUCCGCAACAGAAAGCAGCAGUUUGAAAGCAUUUCCACUUAAAAGACGAAAAUGUGAGCCUGAUGACGACAAUGUUAGAUUAGUGCAGCUAAUGGGUGGUAAGCGGGUAAAGAAGAUGGGUCAGCGCGAAAAUUACGCCAAAGACCAUAACGCCUCUGUAGCUAUCAUAUUACCAAUUUCACAGUCACAAGAGAGUAAAAAGACUUCAAAUUUGCCACGUAGUUCAGUUUCAAACAAGCCUGCAAGUGACAGCGGUUCUGUUGACAACGAUCCCAAUGCCAUGGCUUUGAGCCUUUUGGCUGAGUUGUCUUCUGGUAGACGUGUACUGGACGGUAUGAAAAUACAGGAACUGAAGACCAUCGCCAAAUUUUUAGAUCUCACUAAACUUAGUAAGCUUAAGAAAUCAGAGCUGGUUGAAAGAAUAUCUGCCAAACGAAAAGAGCGUCAAUUUUGAAGGUAGUUUGUACAGUUGUUUUGUUUUUCAUCUCACUAUUUCGGGUUACUGUUGAUCUCCUUGACCGUGUCUCAUGUCCCAGGGCGCUCUUUUUAACUUUUAUCACUGUCCAUAGCAUCAUUCCUUUUAACCUCCCACAGAAAUCUAAGAGAGAGAAAGAAACAAGUAUAUGAAAAAGAAACAAGUAUAGAAAAGAAGCUAGCUUUUAGAUUUAGUCUUAGUUUUACAUGAAAUGCUUUUAUAAUGGUACUAGGGGGCUUUAUUGCAGUGAUGACAAAGAAAGAACCACACAAAGCUAUUCAUUUUUUUUUUUUGAGCAAUUGUGGCCAUUUCAACUGGCAUAGAAUGUUGGGAAAAUUGCAUUUAACCUUUUUGUAUAUAGAACUUGGUGGAUUUUGAAUCCAAUAUGAUGAAUACAUAGGAUUUGACCUUA